GGAGAGAGAGAGAACAAGGCAAAGACGGAAAACUACGUUCGAAAAUUCGAAGUUGCAAAACCUAAUCGAUCCAAAAAGGAGACCAAAAGAUCGAGUAACAAAACCCUAACAAAUCAUCACAUCCCUGGUUUCACCCAUCACUUCCCCAUUUCGAUUGAACCCUAACGGUGGAAGCUGGAACUCACAAUGUCUCCUGCAUCAAGGUCAAAGGCCAAGGACAAAAGGGCUACUGGCAAGGAGCCACAAAAGUCUUCUACCAAACCCACAUCAAAUGCUAAUGCAGGUGGUGGGGUCCCUGCGAGUGGUUACAACCCGCUUCUGGGAACCUUUCAUACACUUGAGACAGCACCAGUGUCUUCUGCUCCACCUAUUCAUGUAAAUGGCCGUUCUCGUAAUAUUGAUGACACAGAGGAUCACAUUGGGAACUCUCUUGGGAUGGGAGUUGAAUAUGAUUCCUUAUCUAACAAUGGUAGUUGGUCAGGCGAGUCCGAAGAUCACAAAGACAAAACUUUUCAAGGACCCUCUCGCCAGGAGACAGUACCCGGGGUCGACAGUGAUAAACGUGAAAAGAUUCGCCAAAAGAAUGAGAAGAAGCAUCAGCGGCAGAAAGAGAGGCGGGCCCAGGAAUUGCAUGAACGCUGUAGUGGCUAUCUGAUGUCAAGAAAGCUAGAAGCACUUGCUCAGCAGCUUGUUGCGAUGGGAUUCUCUUCAGAACGUGCAACAAUGGCUCUUAUAUUGAAUGAAGGUAGAGUAGAGCAAUCAGUUGCGUGGUUGUUUGAAGGAGGUGAAGAUGCAGACAACCAAAGGGAGCAUAAUCUUGACAGUGGUGGUAACUUAAAACUUGACAUUUCUGAGGAACUUGCUCAGAUUACUGAAAUGGAAAUGAUGUUCAAAUGCUCAAAACAGGAGGUUGAACGGGUGAUUGUCGCCUGUGAAGGUGAUCUUCAGCAGGCGGCAGAAACCUUGAAAGCCCAGAAGCAGGAACUGCCUGCUGCUCCGCCAAAGCUUGAAGAAACUGGCGAUUCUUCUAGUGGUGGUGGCGGUAAGCUUUCUGUAGCCAUGAGUCAGAACUUGAUGACCUCAAGAACACAAUCAAAAUCAGUAGGAUCCAUACCCAUACAGCAGAAAACUGAUGAUAAAGAUUUUAAUUAUACCAAAGUGGCUGUUACGGUUGGACAAUCAUCAGCGGAACCCGGGGUCAAAAGCUUGCAGUUGUUAAAGAAAAUCCCACCCAAUUCAGAGUGGUCAAAACAGCAACAAGUUGGCACUCCAUCUGUAGAGAAGAGGUGGGCGGUUGGUGGAUCAAACCCUUCUGUCUCAUAUUCUUUGGCUUCUCCAUUGCAGGCUGCACCACCACCAGCCAAAACCGAAUCCCGAUAUGCGACUGUUGGAACCGAAUUAAAGAAUCUUCAGCUGGGAUCAGUUAGGGAACCGGUUAUUGUGAUGCAGCGGCCCAAAUCUAAGCACAUACCUGCGAGUGUAAGCUCUUCAUCAUCAUCGGUAUCUGUUGCUGAUUGGCAUCCGAAUGUUGUUGAACCAGUAAUGAAUAUGAAUCCCAAUGGGUAUUCACUUGUGCAUACUAGCACCCGAAGCUUUAGCACCCCAAGCUACGGUGGCAAUACCCAAUUGUACGAUCAGUUCCAUUAUCAGCAACAACAGCAGCCACUUCAGCAGCAGCAGUAUGCAUCGAUCAGCGACCCAUUGGAUCACCAUUUUAGCCAACAUGGUGCUGCUAUGAACCAUUUUAACAAUGGUGGCAUGUGGAACAGAAUGGUGGGUGCAACCACCACUCCUACGCUGGCGGCCGCCUCUUCCCUGGGACUGUUCUCUGGUUUGGGGUCGAACGGGUCAUCAGGGCCAUCAUCUCCUGUAGACUGGAAUGCGGGUGACUCGUUGCAGUUUGAUUACACAAACAUAGACUGGAGUCUGGACCGGGUUCCGGGUCAAGCAAAUGGGUCAAGGCCGAUUGGGAUGUGGAUGGGGGGUGGUGCGAGCGAUGUGUAUGCAGCAGCAGCAGCAAGGGGUGGUAAGAGCGCGAUGAGACCGCCAACGGGUAUUGUAGCAAAUGGUGGUUUGCUGCAUCCAGAUGGUCCAGAAGCAUCUGCAGGUGGUGAAUGGAGUUCUCCAUUUGAAGAGAAAGAGUUGUUCAGUUUCCCCAGACAGUUUGUGUCUUCUCCCUCUCUGUAAUGAUAGGGGAGAAGGGGCAUAAAAUAAUAAAAGAUGAAAAAACAAUAAGAAAACAGAACUUGAAAACAUGUGUUGGGAUUUAAUGUUUCUAUUGGUUUUUUCAAUGAUCCCUGCUGCGCUGUUUGUUUGUGUGGUGUUGAUGAUAGGGAAAUGGGUAUCUUCUUCUAGGAGCUGAAAUUCGUGAAUCGAAAGCAAUGUUGUAUAAAGACUUGUAUGUUGUGCAUUAGAAAUUGUACAUUGGUCUAAUGGUAAGAAGGUGGACAUCUU